GGCAGGAAGAAUUCGAAGAAAGCAGAUGCAGUUUCAAGGGACCAGACGAACUGAACCAGAAGACCUGAAUCUUGUCGUAGGCGUCGUAGAAUGCUAAGAAGAGGGAUGGUGUUGUCACAGAAGCUUCAUGAGGCCUUCAAGGGCAUGGUGGAAAGAAUUACGGGUCCCCGUACAGUCUCUGCCUUUAAGGAAAAGGGUGUGCUUAGCGUUUCCGAAUUCAUUAUUGCUGGUGACAAUCUCGUAUCCAAAUGCCCCACCUGGUCUUGGGAAUCUGGUGAGCCAAGCAGGAGAAAACCUUACUUACCUUCGGAAAAGCAGUUCUUGAUCACUAGAAAUGUUCCUUGUCUGCUAAGAGCUGUGUCCGUAGAAGAAGAAUAUGAAGCUGCCGGAGCUGAGGUCUUAUUAGAUAAUGAGGAUAAUGAUGGCUGGCUGGUUACUCAUGGAAGACCAAAAGAAACUAAAUGUGAUGAGAAUGGCAACUUGCCUUCAAUGGAAAGCCUGGAAAUAAGCAAAAGAAUUCUAUUCAAUGAUGACAAUAUUCAGUCGAUCCCUACAUACUUUGGGGGUGAAGAAGAAGAAGAUAUUCCUGAUAUGGCAGAGUAUGAAGAACCUGACAAUGUAAUCGAAACAGAUCCCGCUACGCUUCAAUCUACAUAUCUUGUGGCUCAUGAACCAGAUGAUGACAAUAUUCUGCGGACUCGAACAUAUGAUGUCAGCAUCACGUAUGAUAAAUAUUAUCAAACUCCUCGUAUAUGGCUUACCGGAUAUGAUGAGUCAAGGAUGCUGUUGCAACCAGAGCUUGUUCUUGAAGAUGUUAGUCAAGACCACGCACGCAAGACGGUGACUAUCGAAGAUCAUCCCCACUUACCAGGCAAGCAUGCAUCGGUACAUCCCUGCUGACAUGGGGCUGUGAUAAAGAUUAUUGUUGUCUUAAUGUCACGUGGAGUUGGGCCAGUAGUUGACAAGUAUCUAUUUUUAUUCUUGAAAUUUGUGGCUUCCGUAAUCCCGACUAUUGAGUAUGACUACACAAUGGACUUUGAUCUUGGUAGCUCAAGCAACUAAUCCUAGGUAACUUCCAUCACUAUUUUACUUUUCUGUUGUUCAAGUCCACUGUACUCACUGGCAUAUCAUACAUCUAAUAUAUUUUUAUAUCUGUAUCUAUGCAUAUAUUUCUUGUUGUCUUGCUUUUUGUGGAAGCACCGAUAAAACAUCGCCCGUUGUAAAAUCUGCGAAGGUAUGAGGCUAGUCUUGCAGUUAGCCUACUGAUUGCAGUAUCGUUUAUAUUGUAUCGACUAAGCAAGUAAGCAUGGCCUCUAACUAAACAAUGGUGCAUGAUACUUGAAUCAACAGUUGCUUUGGAAGGUUGUGUCCUCUGUCAUAAACAUUAUCUAUCUUAUCUUUCGUUGAAAUGACCCCGUUUGUUAUUUUUGCCAGAAUUGAGACAACUUAUUUUUAUCAGAAUGGUUAUAUCCUCCUUUUGCCAUGUUUUACAUUAUCUUCAAUUGGUACUGGUUAAAUCAUAUUUGCAUUUAUGUCA